UUCGACGGGUGAAACGGGCUCUAUUUCCACACUUUACCUGUCUGCCGACGCACCCUGCUCCCCUUCUACCUCCACGCCCGAACCUCCUCCGAGCUAAGUGAAGAGUUCCAAAACCCUAGCCAUGCAGAAGCAGACGGGCAAGACCGGUGGAGGCGGCGGUUCCGCCGCGGCCAAGCGCGGCCGCCCGUUCGGAAGCACCACCGGCAGCGGGGCUGCAGCCGCGGCCGCCGCGGCUGCCGUCGGCGACCCGGCGGCGCCGGCCGCCCUCGUCGGACCUUCCCUCCAUGUCCUCACGGCUCUCUCCGAUCAGAACAAUAAAAGAAUUGUCCUUGCAUUGCAAAGUGGGUUGAAGAGUGAGAUAUUAUGGGCAUUGAACGCCCUCACAGUACUCUCUUUUAAGGAGAAGGAUGACCUCCGACGGGAUACAACACCUCUUGCUAAAGUUCCUGGGCUAUUGGAUGCCCUCCUUCAAGUUAUUGAUGACUGGCGAGAUAUUGCAAUUCCUAGGGACCAUACAAAACCACCAAGAGUAAGAACUUUGGGUGUCAAUACAACAAUCUCAGGAUUUGGUCUUGAAAAUGUUGGGAAAGUAUACUCGGACAGCACCACUCCUCCAAAUGAUCAAUCAAAGAUAGAGGGCUCCACUAUCACAAAGAAGAGAUCUGCAGGAUUUUUGUUUGAUGAAGAUGGUCUUUUUAAUAUUGAUGAUGAAGGACGGACAGAGAGGCAACAGUGUGCUGUUGCGGCUUCCAAUAUAAUCCGCAAUUUUUCUUUCAUGCCAGAAAAUGAGACUAUCAUGGUCCAGCAUAGACAUUGCUUGGAGACUAUAUUUCAGUGCUUAGAAGACCAAAAUGCAGAAGACGAUGAGCUCAUAACAAACAUGCUGGAGGCCCUUGUUAAUUUAGCCCCUAUUCUGGAUCUGAGAAUCUUCAGCUCGUCAAAGCCAUCAUAUAUUAAAAUGACUGAGAAAAGCGCAGUUCAUGCCAUAAUGGGCAUGCUUUCCUCUUCAAUAAAAGCAUGGCAUUGUGCUGCUGCUGAAUUGAUUGGGCGGCUGAUAAUCAAUCCAGACAAUGAAUCGUUCCUUGUUCCUGUGAUUUCACAGAUAUACAGGAGAUUGGUUGAUCUGUUGAGCGUGCCAGCAUUUGAUGCACAGGCUGCUGCUGUUAGCGCCCUCUACAACGUAUCAGAAGUGAACGUGGAUUGUAGGCUGAAGCUGGCUAGUGAGCGAUGGGCUGUGGAUAGGCUUCUAAAGAUCGUGAAGGCACCACACCCUGUGUCGGAGGUCUGUAGGAAAGCAGCGGUGAUACUGGAGAGCCUCGUCUCGGAGCCUCAAAACAGGAUGCACCUCCUGGUUCACGAGAAUAACUUUGCGGAGAUCCUGACGUCGGAAGGGAAAUACUCGGACACGUUCGCUCGGAUUCUGUACGAGCUGACUGCGAGGCCGAGCAACAAGGUGACGUCUGGGCAAGCUAUCUGGGGAAACAUAAACUGAUGCAUGUGUUGACCCCUUGACGUGUUGUUAAAAUCUAGGUGCUUUUAUGCUGAGGUAUCAUUUUAGUUUCUGACUGCAUGUGGUAACAACCUACUAGCUGUAUUUAGCUCCAUUUGAUAUGUUUGUUUUAGAACUUUGUUGAAGCAAGGUCUUGGUGGCACUGUGUCAGAACGCAGCAUGUCUCCUGUGAUAUAUGUAUACUGCUAGAAUACAGUCCGGCCGGUACUCUUUUUUCUUGAUCUAAGGAAGCGUAUCAUUGCA